UUUACUUAGGUCAGUAUCUUCGAUCCAUUGCACAUUUGGUACACAGACACAGAACGUUACACACAAUUGUGAGAACUUGCAGCUCAAGUUCAGCACUCCAGAACAUAGAACUAGAAUUCUAUUCAUUGCUCCAGACUGCUAAACUCUCAGCACAAUUGCAUUGUUUUCAUUCAAAUAGAAAUUCGAACAAAACCAGGAUUGACUUCUUAAGGGUUGACAUUUUAAUUCUUAAGCAACUCUAUUGAACUGGUUUAUUCGGUCGGAGGACCUAACUCAGAACGCUAAAAUGGAUUCUAGAAGGGAACUUUCAAAGACGGACAAAAUGUUUACUGCUGAAAAUAUGCAUGAGAUUGUAACGCUAUUUCGUGAGGCGGAUGCUGAUGGAGGUGGUGGGUUGGACAUUGAUGAAUUCUGUGAGGGACUUAAGCAGUUAUUCCCAAACAUGCAUGAAGAAGACCUCAUUGCCCUCCACAUGAAGAUUGACACAAAUGGAGAUGGAGGUGUGGACCUUGGGGAGUUAACAGACUACCUGGUGAACAAAAACAAGGCAUCACAAAAUAUGGCUUUUAAAAAUCAAAUCUUUCCCAAACCUAUCAAAAUGAUAUCGGUGGAUCACCAUAAAGCGAUUGUUCGUCUGAUUCACCGUCCCUUCGAGAAUGACAGGGAACCUGAUCAUGGUUCAGAGGUUUUAUUAGGACAAACCAGCACUUACCAAAAAGGUCAAUACCUCUCCGUCAGCUCAAAUGGUAUCCUCAACUUCUGGCCUGAUAGCUUUGACACCCCAUACCCAGUUCAGUUAUUCAAAAAGGAAAACACACUUCCUUUUUCACACAACAAGAAAAUGCACAUUACUGACAUGGUCUACAUCAGUGAACUCAAACAACUGGCUAUCUCCACUUCUGACAGGGAAUUAAUAUUCUAUCGCUGCAAUGAAUUCCCUAAGUUGUUUUCAACCAGCCACUCUUUAAUAGUAGAGGACAACAUAGUGAAUACCAUGAACUACUGGUCCAAAGGCACUAAAGCAGUGUUUUCCUUUGGCGAUGUAAAAGGUUUUUUAACUGUGUUUAUCUCCAACAACAUAUAUGAAAAUGGACUCUUCUUCAACGGUGCAUAUGAGAAAAUCUCUCUGCGUGAUUAUCCAACUGUUUAUGUUUCAACCCUGUUGAAAAACCCCUCUAAAAACUUUCUAUGUGUGAAGGCCAACAUCUUUAAUGAUAUUUGCAGUCAGAUCCGAUACUUUCCAUCACUUAGCUCGUUUGCUAUCUGCGGUAGUUCAUCCAAGACAAUGGUCCUUGCUUCUCUACCCAAGACAUCCACAACCAAAAUGUCUACAACAGUCUUUAAGAGCAGAGGACAUAUGGACUUUUUCACCUGUGUAGAAUACUCUUCUUCCUCUGGGUAUCUGCUGACCGGUGGGACAGACGCCCUACUGAGGACGUGGUUUCCCCACAAAACAGGGUCAUGCAUCCAGGAAUUAAAGGGACAUGCCAAACCCAUCACCCAUAUAAUGUUAAAUCCCAAGGAAAAAGUUUUUGUUAGUUUAUCGCUCGACCACCAUAUACGUGUUUGGUCCGAGGAUGCAAUGAUCUGUUUGCAAAGCUUCAAGAUAAAAGAAAUGAUGCAGAGUCCUAUCUCCAGUGUGUGUUACAACACACACAACAAUGAGUUAGUCCUAGCUAACACAGAUAUUGGCAAAUAUCUUGGAAGAGGAACUGAUGUGUUUAAGAAUGCAUUAACAUCGCACGACAAGCCCCUGUGCUGUGCUCUCUAUCACAACAUUUUCAAACAGGUUGUCUCUGUUUGCCAAAAUGGCGUGGUGACAGUGUGGGAUAUCUUAACAGGAACGGCUGCCAUGCAGUUCAAGGUGACUCCAGAUCAGUACGAGGGGCAUGUUGCUAUUUCAUUUGAUGGACUAAAGCGCAGACUGAUCACAAUUUCCCAGGAUGGAAAAGUUAAAAUUUGGAACUUCAACAACGGAACAGAGCUUGCCAUUCUUCCUGUUACCGUACAAAGGGAGGUGACAGGUAUCGUCUGUGUAAACAAUAGGGUGUUUGUGUCGGGAAAGAACUCCAAGAUCAUUUAUGACCUGGACAUACACGGAUAUGACAACAGAUUUUUGAAGCAUGAUUAUUUAGAUGACAUUUGCUCAAUGGAUGUCCAUGAAAACACACUGGUUACUGCCUCCAGCAAUGGAAAUAUUGUCAUCUGGGAGGCCGACAGUGGCGAAGUUCUCUACUGGCUCAAUGGCAGCAGCAGCCCUCGAACAAACAUGGCAGACAAAACCACUCAGGGCCAGACAGGGAGUCUGCUUGGUUACAAGAAUCCAAAGCAUGUCAGAGGCACCGGGAAAAGACCUCUACAUAGUAAAUCCCUGAAUGGGAACAACACUGAUGUGAUUAACACACCUCUUAUCAUGUGUCUGAAGACCAGGGAGGUUAAAGUUGACACAGCAACACUGCUGACGUCUGCAGAUGGCAACAUAUAUGCCUGGUCUGUUAUUAGCAAGGGAGGAUUGAUUGGAAAGUUCAGGGCA